AGCCAGUAAUCAAGACCCUCCUACAGGUCCAACAAAAAAGGUGCGGGGAAAGACAAGAGGAGUGAAUGCAGAUAAAGUGCUUUCUCAAUUGAAUGCUAAAAUACCUGUCACUCUGACUGAACAAAAUGGUAGGCCUACAGGCCCAUAUGCUGAAAUGUUGGCCAAUGAAAUUGGUUUCACAGUUCGAAACCAUGCCCCACUAAAUGUGGAAAAAUGGAAGAAGAUUCCGAAAAUUGACGUGGAUAAGUUGGUUAAAAGAAUAACGAACAAGUUUGACAUUGACAUGUCUCUCCUUUGGGUCGAGAGAUAUGUAAUUACAACAUGUCAGACUGUAUUUUGUAAUUUUCGUUAUAAGUUGAAGAAACAUUUUGAGAAAUUUUCAACAAUCGAGGAAGCAAUUGAAAACAAACACGAUGAUGUCAAGACUCAGGAAGAAUGGGAGUUUCUCUGUGCUCGUUUUUCUAGUGAGAAGUUUCAGAUUCGUUCAGAGAAGAAUGCUAUAAAUAGGUCAAAGCUGACACAUCACCACAAAGCUGGGUCAAAGUCAUUUAUGUCUCACCAAGAGCAAAUUGCAGCACAGACUGGAGAGAUGCAAGGUGCAAUUGAUCGCUUUGAAACAGAGUACAAAAGCACUAAAAAGGUUGGGACUUGGGAGCAAAAGCAAAGUGGGUAA